AACCAAACCAACCACGUCAACCUUAACUACUGCGUAACUCUAUCGAGUAUCUUAUUUUCGCAAAUCCUCCUAUCUGUGCAUCCAGCAGCAACCCUUCCGCCAGAGCAAGCAGUUCUUUUUCUCUUCUUAUUUCUCAACACUCGUUUAUCAUGCCAAUUUAAUUAAUACCCUUUUUACCCUGUGAGUUGGUGGUUUAUAUAUAUACCUAUUCCUUCGACUCUCCUUGUUUCUGCGGGUAAACCAUGUCUUCUCCACCCCCAAGCCUCCAACAGCGAGGGGGGAAGAAAACGCCCGCCGUCAAGGAGCCACAACCGAAUUCCCCCUCAGCCAAAUCGAACCCGCACAAGAAGGCCGUAGCAAAACCCGCCGCGCAAUGGGAUUAUAAAGCCGCCUUGGUGAUAUUGACGUUGCUGGCGUUCGCAACGCGUUUUGCGAACAUAAGUUUUCCGGACGAAGUUGUGUUUGAUGAGGUCCAUUUCGGAAAGUUUGCUUCGCACUACCUUCAACGCACCUAUUUCUUCGAUGUUCACCCGCCGUUUGGCAAGCUACUCUUUGCCUUGAUGGGCUGGCUUGUGGGCUUCGAUGGCCACUUUCUCUUCGAGCACAUUGGAGAUUCAUACAUAGAAAACAAGGUCCCCUAUGUUGCCCUGCGAGCCAUGCCAGCGAUCCAAGGCGCUUUGACGAUCCCUGUGGUUUUCCUAAUUAUGUGGGAGUCUGGCUACUCCCUCCCAGCCUGUGUCCUCUCCGCGGGAUUGGUCCUGUUCGACAACGCGCACAUUGCUGAGGAUAGAUUGAUCCUUCUUGAUGCAACCCUGGUGCUGACCAUGGCGCUGAGCAUCCUCUGCUACAUUCGAUUUUACAAAUUCAGACACGAGCCGUUUGGCCGCAAGUGGUGGAAAUGGCUGCUUUUGACUGGUGUCGCGCUAAGCUGUGUUAUUUCGACUAAAUACGUGGGCACGUUUACGUUCCUCACUGUUGGAGCCGCUGUUGCCAUUGACCUGUGGGAUCUACUUGAUGUGAACCGCCCCGGAGGCGCUAUCUCUCUGGUCAAAUUCACCAAGCAUUUCGCUGCCCGAGCUGUCGCCUUGAUCAUCUUGCCGUUUUUCUUUUAUCUGUUCUGGUUCCAGGUUCACUUUGCCAUUCUCAGCAAGUCUGGCCCAGGUGACUCCUUCAUGUCCCCAGAGUUCCAACAGACUCUCAGCGAUAAUCCGAUGACGUUGAACUCGAUUGGGAUCAACUAUUACGAUCAAAUAACUAUACGGCACAAGGAUACCAAAACAUAUCUGCACAGCCAUCCGGAGCGCUAUCCAUUGCGUUAUGAUGACGGCCGCGUCUCUAGCCAGGGUCAGCAAGUUACUGGCUACCCUUACAAUGACACGAACAACCACUGGGAGAUCCUUCCGAUCACUCCAUUCGAUGUUAACGACCGUCUCGGACACCCUGUUAAAAAUGGGGAUAUUGUCCAACUUCAUCAUAUGGGCACAAACACUAUUCUGCUAACUCACGACGUGGCUUCCCCCUACUAUCCCACAAACCAGGAGUUCACCACCGUUUCCCCUGAGCUGGCAAAUGGCGAGCGCCGCAACGAUACCCUCUUUGAAAUCAAGAUUGAGAAAGGAAAAGCCGGGCAGGAGUUUAAGACCAUGUCUAGUCAUUUCAAGCUUGUCCACGUGCCUACGAAAGUCGCCAUGUGGACGCAUACCACGCCCUUACCCGAGUGGGCGUUCAAACAAGCCGAAAUCAACGGCAAUAAAAACGCGCAAUUGUCCAGUAACAUCUGGUUUGCGGAAGAUAUCCCAUCCCUCGAGCCAGGACACGAGAGGCUGAAGAAGCAACCCCGCGCAGUCAAGCAAAUGCCGUUUAUCGUCAAGUACCUAGAACUACAACGGGCGAUGUUCUUCCACAACAAUGCCCUUACCAGCAGCCACCCGUAUGCCAGCGAACCAUUCCAAUGGCCCUUCCUCCUUCGCGGAGUAAGCUUCUGGACCAAGAAUGCUACGCGUGAGCAGAUUUAUUUCCUCGGGAACCCCAUUGGCUGGUGGUUUGCCAGCGGUCUCCUCGCCGUUUUUGCCGGAAUUGUCGGUGCUGAUCAGCUCUCCUUGCGUAGGGGGAUUGAUGCCCUGGAAGAAAUCUGGGGACCAGGCACACGCGCACGCCUCUACGGCAGCACGGGCUUCUUCUUCCUCUGCUGGGCGGCUCACUAUUUCCCCUUCUAUCUCAUGGGCCGCCAACGCUUCCUACACCAUUACCUACCAGCGCACAUCGCCUCCGCCCUCGUUGCCGGCGCACUAAUCGAAUUCGUCUUCAACAUUGAUCCCAUAAUCGCCAGCGACGACACCAACAAAAAUGGAGACAGCAAUUCGACUGCUGUUGCCGGCCAAAAAUACCAGAAGCCCAAAUCACGGUUGGGUCGGCAGAGUCUGAUGGCUUCGUGGGCGGCUGUUGUUGCGAUUCUGGGCGCGACGAUAUAUGGGUUCAUCUUCUUUGCGCCAUUGACGUAUGGACGGCCUGGACUUGAUCCCGCGAGCGUUGUGGCGAGGCAGUGGCUAUCAUAUGAUUUGCAUUUUGCGAAGUAAGAAUGUGAAAGAAAAAAAAGGCAUGUGUUUGUUUUGUGUAUUUCCUAGCCAGAUUUUUGCGUGGUGGUACAGGUUCGUUUUUUGAGCGGACCAUUUGAGAUCAGGGGGAAUAUAUAUUAUCUCUAUAUCUUGGAUUUUUGUCAGGAGAAGAGCCUUCCCUCCGACCUCACUACUGCCUGAUGCAUGCAUAUAACUGAGCCUACUGCUAAAGAUGUGGACGGUGCAUAACAUAUUUUUUUUGCAUUCGUCGUGGCGCUUUCACAUUAUCAAUCCUGCAAAUCAUCAUAUCGAGCUCCAGGUUGGGGGUGAAGGGUAAAGAGUUCAAUACUGGUUGUAGAUGUUGCGUGUUUGCGGUGAAAUCUCUUUUCAUUUUCCUACGGUUUAAUAAAUUAUUAGAUAGCCAAUGUAUUGUACGAUCAAAAGGAGAAGCUAGAUUUUAGUUCACCAGUCUUUGCGUGUUUAAGCCCUGCAUAGCAUAUAUAGUAUCCCAACCUAUCAGUCACAGUGGAAUCUGGCUUCUCCCUCUCCUAAUGGAAUGCGUUUCAAUACUUUUC